AAAUCGCCGUGGAGAAACCGAAGUGACAUGCUGGUGCUGUACGACGUGUUGGGCGAAGUGGGUAGCUCCGAACGGCACCCAAAUGCCUUCCGCGUCUCCGACGCAGUUCAUCCCAUCCGUCUUAAGGAUGUCCAAGCAGCAUGCCCCUUCGAGUACUGCCACUUUAGCUUCCAGCACGACAACGGCGUUUAUGGAUCUUACACCAACCCCAACUCGGUGGUCCCAGUCGUGAACCGCUCGCGCAUCCACGCCAAGAUUGUCGUGUCGGAAGGUCCCGCUCCCCAUGAGAAAGGCGUCCGACACGACGACGCCAUCCACGUAGAGGUUUCCAAUGGGGUAACGCGAUCAACAUCCCGCACCAGUUCAUCCAGUUCGCACUCUGGCACACAGCGCAACGCAUCCAAAGAGUACGUAAUUCUGUCUUUCCAACCCAUCGAAGCACGUUUUGCAUGUCAUGUCGCUUGUCGUCUACUAGUCCAAACACCGACAAGGCUCCUUGGGAAGCGACCUUUGGCGACAAUCCGUCCCGUGACAGCAGCGGCGGGAGCAAUUCCUCUCGCGGCGACGGAGGCGGCGGCGGCCUUUCCGCGGCAGAGAUCAAGGAAAAGUUCAAAAAGCAGACGGACAUGGCCAAGGAUUUCGCCAAAAACUUGCACGUGGACGACAUGAAGCGCAACGCGGUCGAGUUUGCCAAGACAAUCAACCUCGAUGAAACCGCGCGGAAGGCCAAAAAGUGGGGCGGGUCGUUGCUCACAUCCAUCAGCAACUCGAUUUCCAGCGCCAGCAACGCCAUGUCCAAGGGCGAAGUCGUGUCGGUGGGUACAGCCGGCGCCAUCUCCGCCACCCAAGUCCACAUCGUGCGGCUGCUGGCCGAAGGAGCAUAUGGCCACGUGUUCCUUGUCAAGACCACCGCGACCAAUGAAACGUGCGUCUUAAAGCGCAUCGUCGUGACGUCCGCCCAAGUCGAGCGCGACGCCGCCAUCGAGCGACAAGUGUUGGAGAACGUCCAACAUCCCCAUAUCAUGCGGAUGCUCCAAUAUGGCGAAACGCGGUCGGCGUCCAAGCAUGAGGUGCUGUUUUUGCUGCCAUUUUACGACCACGGGACGUUGUGGGAUUCGAUUUGGCGGGCUACGAACGAUGUCGCAGACCAGGUGUGGCCGUUCAACGAGCGACGAAGUUUGCGCAUCUUUCAAGGCAUCGCGGCGGGCGUGGCGGCGCUGCAUGCCGCCGGAUUUGCACAUCGCGAUUUGAAGCCGCACAACGUGUUACUGGACCACCGCGACCACUCAAUUCUCAUGGACUUUGGCAGUUGCGCGCCGUUGGUCACGGAGAUAGUCGACCGCCGCACGUUGAUGGACGUCCAAGACGACGCCAACCGAAAAUGCUCGGCGCCGUACCGCGCCCCCGAGUUGUUUGAGCCUGAGAUAGGUCAUGUGAUCAAUGGCCAGUCGGACGUGUGGUCCCUCGGGUGUCUCUUGUACUGCAUGGCAUUUGGGUCGAGUCCGUUUGAAUCUGCUCGCGAAGGAUUCAUGCGACUGGCCUGUCUCAACGGCAAAGUGACGUUUCCCCCGAGUCAGGGGGACGUUGUGCGAUUCCGCGGCGUGGAGUUUUCCGUCGACUUUUGCGAAUUCAUCAAAGAUAUGCUGCACCCAGACCCUUCGGACCGGCCAGCCAUGUCGGACGUGCUGGAAUACACGGCCGAGCUGCUGCAUGCUCAGUAGCUAGCUACUAGUACGUAGUAGGUAUACAUAUAUUUCCAAAUAUAUACUGGUAUACUUCGUAGCUA